AUGACUUUCAUUUUCCCGCUAAGGAUAAAGGGAGGUAAACCUAUUCCUUUGUUUCCGUUUGUGGCUGCCGUUUUCUUCUGUUCAGUGAACGGCGCUCUGCAGACGUCCGGAAUACUCCUACCCAAUACCCAGAUCCACCACUGGUUCCAGAAGGCAAGAUUCUGUCUGGGUAUUAUUAUUUUAUUUUUUACGGGGAUGUGCAUUAACAUCCGGUCUGACAUAUUGCUGACGUCACUAAGGAGAGAAAAAGAGGGCACAUAUCAAACUCCAAGAGGAUUUCUAAUUGAGUACGUCUCUGGUGCUAACUUCCUUGGAGAAAAAGUGGAGUGGAUCUGUUUUUCUGUGGCGUGUUUUAAUCUCCCCUCUCUAGCCUCUGCUAUCUUCACACUGUGUAAUAUCGGCCCUAGGGCUCUCCAUCAUCAUAGAUUUUAUCUGGAGAAAUUUGAGGAUUAUCCAAAAGACAGAAAGGCUCUGAUUCCGUUUCUUCUUUAG